AUGAUUUUACAUUACCAACUUUCCUGGGCCGUUAAGAAAUCGCCUUCCUAUGUCACAUGCGUACCCUACUCUUUGAAGGGCCAGUUCCUCAAUAGCCAGCUCUUCGGUCGGCCGGAAACCCGACCCAGAGCAUUCUUAUUGGCAUCACCUUCGAACCAGCAUCAGCGCCAGCAGCCUCAGCUGAUGAGGCCGAGCGAGCCUGCAUUGUUGCACUCCGCGAUACCAAAUCAUGCGGGUACAGAUAGCGGACGUUAUGGCCGUUAUUGGGGUCUUCACACCGGCUCUGCCCACGACUGGGAUAGCCAGGCAUUGAAAGUCAAUGAUACUGGGCAUCAUGAAGGCCAUUGGUUGUACCUAAAUGGUAGAAGUAAUGAUGGCAGAGGUUCCUUUAAUGCCUGGCAACAGAGCCAGCGGGCGGACAUGCAUGCAGCUAUAUUUAAAGGUGAGAGGUAUGGCGAUCUCUGGAAGUUGCUACAUCUGUCGUCUGCACCUACAAAGUCAUGGUCCCAUCCUUUGUUGCGAACCCUCCCAACAGUAGAACAGUUCAAGCUCGAUUUGAGGAAUAUCAGUAACGAAGGGGACGACGGAACCACUGGGACUUCAAAGUUCCAACAUUUAUUUAUUGGCUCGUUAGAUUACUCCUGUACAGAUUAA